UCUUUUUGAUUUGCUGCCAAAGAUGAAAAAGUUGAGGGUACUAUCUUUGAAAAGAUACUACAUCACCCAUUUACCUGAUUCAAUUGGAGAUUUCAUACAUCUAAGAUAUCUUAACUUUUCUCAUACUAAGAUCAAAAGUUUGCCCGAGUCAACAAGCCAAUUAUUUAACUUGCAAACUUUGUUAUUAAAAGAUUGUUCUCUUCUCGUGAAGUUACCUUCCAACAUGAGAUUUUUGAUCAAUCUAUAUCAUCUUGAUACAAGUGGUCAAAAUUCAUUGGAAGAGAUGCCGUCAAGAAUGAGAGAGUUGAAAAAUCUCCUAAUGUUGUCUAACUUUAUUGUGGGGAAGGAAUCGGGCUCAAAUUUGGAAGAUUUGAAGAGCUUAUGUUUUCUUCAAGGAGAGCUUCACAUUUCCAAAUUAGAGAAUGUGAAUAAUGUCAGGCAAAUAGGUGGGCUCAUAUUAAGCAAUAAAAAAGACUUAAAAGUGUUGUCAUUAGAGUGGGGAUCCAAAUUUGAUGGCUCACGAGUAGAAAGAGAAGAAAAUGAUGUGCUUGAAAUAUUGAAACCUCAUAGCAAUCUAGAAAAACUAGAAAUUAGAUUCUAUGGUGGUUUAGAAUUUCCAUCUUGGUUAAGCACUUCAUCAUUGCUCUCUAAAUUGACGGUCCUUAAAUUAAAAAAUUGUAAAAAUUGCACAAGCUUGCCUUCAGAAAAUCUAUUGAGCUCACUUAAAGAGUUAGUCAUCGAAGGGAUGCCAAAACUAGAAAAAAUAAAUAUGCGAAUUCCUUGCAAUUCAUUAGAGGUUCUUCAUUUUAUGAAUUUGCAAACAUGUCAGUAUUGGGACACCAAAGGGGAAAAUGAGAAUGUUGAAAAUUUCCCAGAACUUCGUGAGCUUUCCAUUACUGAAUGUCCUAAACUUAUCAUAGAAAUGCUUGAUCAUCUUCCCUCAUUGGAAAAACUUCAUAUUGAAAAGUGUGCAAAGUGGACCGUUUCAUUCUCAAGUUUUCCAAAGCUCGCCUAUUUAACAAUUGAUGAGUGCGAGGAAGUGGUGUGUACUGGUAGUUCUACGGAGUUCAUGUCACCUGAGUCUGAAUCUCUUCCAAACAUUGUAGGAUCUGAAAAUUGGUUGAGUCAAGGUUUCAGUUGUGUUGAGAAGCCACUAAAAUGGAGUCAUAGCCUCACCUCUCUUAAAAGCUUAUCUAUAGCAAAUUGUGGUAUCUCAUUUCUAAACACCAUUUUUCUUCCCAAUUUGAGUGAUCUUCACAUUAGAAAUUGCGAGGCUCUGAAAUCUUUGCCGAAAAGAUUGAAGCAAAACAACAUAGAAAGUCUGACAAUUGAUUAUUGUGAUUCUCUAUUAUUCAUUGCAAGAAACACACUGCCUUCCUCUCUAAAAAGCCUUAGUAUAUGGAGUUGUAAGAAAUUAAAACAUUUGGAGGGUAUCAGUUCUAUUCUUCUCAAGGAGUUGGAUAUUUACAAUUGCGAGUCUCUAUUAUUCAUUGCAAGAAACACACUACCUUCCUCUCUAAAAAGCCUUGAGAUAAGGAGUUGUAAGAAAUUACAACAUUUGGAGGGUAUCAGUUCUACUCUUCUCGAGUACUUGUUUAUUUCCAAUUGCGAGUCUCUCACGUGCCUAUCAUCACGAGCAUUGUUGCCUAAGACACUCAAAAGUCUUUAUAUUAAUACGUGUCAAAAUCUCACAACAUUAUUAUCAACAAGGUGGUGCGUACAUGAAUCACUUGAGACCCUCCAUAUUGUGAAUUGUCCAAAUCUAAAGUCACUAGAAGGGGCAUUUAACAAUAACCCCCGUCUUCAAGAUGUACGUUUAGUGGGUCUUCAAAAUCUUGAAUCCAAUACAUUGUUCGGCCUACAGAAUCUCACCUCUCUUAAAGAUCUUGAAAUUAAGGGAUUUGAAGAUUCAGAGCUUAUUCUAUCGGAGGACCAACGAAUGCCCACUUCUCUUGAAUCUUUGAAGAUCUCUAAUUUCGCACCGUUCAGAUCUGUUUCAGAUUUGGGCACAUUGACCUCUCUUACAGACUUGAAAAUUGAGGAUUCCCCAAAUCUCAAGUCAAUUCCAGACCUCGGAAGCCUCGUAUCACUUAAAAGCUUUUGGAUAGAGAGUUGCCCAAAGAUCAAAUUAAUUCCAGAUCUGGGAAGCCACACCUCCAUUGAAGAAUUCAUAAUUUGGAGUUGCCCAAAUCUCAAAUCAAUUGCAUGCCUGGGAAGCCUCACUUCUCUUCAAACCUUGGAUAUCGAGUGUUGCCCAAAGCUCAAAUCCUUGCCAAGCCCGCCACCUUCAGUUCUGAAAUUAAGGAUCUCGACAUGUCCAUCACUAAAAAAACAGUGGAGAAGAGGUAAAGGGAAGUAUUGCUCAAUGUUAGCUCACAUCCCUAAUGUUCAAAUAGAUGGAACAUUCAUCUUCAAUUCAAAGGCGGAAGAAAGAGAAUGGAGCUGGCAUUAUUGAAUAGAAAGCACGCAGUCAGAUGUCAAGAUAAUCGUCAAGGAGACAAUUACAGUGGUACUUUGUACAGGUAAUUUAUGCAACUUGUGUUGAUUAGAUUAACCUCUUGAAUUUGAUACCUUGAAUAUCUUAUCCUUGCUUUACAUAUAGAGUCUAUCAAAUUUUGUGCUCAAACAAGGAUUGGCGGUUCUAAUCGUGGCAUCUUUUAACUAAAUAAAGUGAACUUAAAUGCUUAUACAUAUGUAUAUUUUAUUCAUUAUUGUUUGAUUCUUUUCG